AUGGAUUUUGCAGAUGCAGAAGAUAAAAAUGUUGUUUUCAGUCCUUGUGAUGAUGCAAAAGUAAAGAGAUUUGAUGGCUUCACAUUGGGGCUAGCGUUUUCAGCAAAAGAAUCAUUUUUUCUCGAUCAAACGCAACUUUCACCCUGCGAUAGUCGUCUCAACUUGGUCACUAAACCUGCCCAACUCGCCGUUUUCCGGCCCAGAGUCGACGAGAUUUCCCUCCUUACCAUCGAGAACCCCACCUUCAAUCCGAAUUUGGCAGGCGGGUUCGUGGUGGCAUUUGCCGGAAGAAAGUAUGCAGCAAGAUCAGUUCCACAGAUGAUUUCCGACAUUGAUAACAUAGUUACUACUUUAACAUUGGUCCUGGAAUUCCAUGAGGGUACUCUGCAGAACUUGCAUUGGAAAAGCUUCGGCUGCGAUUCGUGCGGCGGAGAUGCCGGUGUCUGCCUCAACAACACGGUGUGUGCAGUGCCGAAUACCAAGUGCAAAAAACUGGAGGCAUCGGCGGAUUGCAAGCUCAGCAUACAGUUGACGUUUUCGGGCACCGAUGAAAGCAGGGAAGUGCUGAAUUCAUGGUAUGAAGUGGAAAAUCUUCGGAAAUUUUCUUUGUUUGAUUUGUAUGCCAAUGUCCGUGAUGCCAUGGCCGGCAUGCCAAACUGA